UUGGCCGUCAAUCCCGACGUUCAGCAACGGCUAUACGACGAGAUUAACGGUGCCGUCGAUUCGGACACCGGGGACAUAGAGUACGACCGAUUGGCACGACUACCCUAUUUGGAUGCCGUAAUGGCAGAGACACUGCGCCACCAUUCAUUAGCCCUUCCACUGUCAAGAUACCCAACCCGGGAUUAUAAGCUAGGCACAACUGGUAUUACCAUAAAAGCGGGACAACAGGUGGAAAUACCUAUCUAUGCCAUACAUCACUCGGAACAAUAUUACCCGGAUCCUUUCAAGUUUAAGCCUGAUAGAUUCAUGCCGGAAAAUAAGCACCUGAUUAAGCCCUAUACUUACCUGCCGUUUGGUGUCGGUCCCCGAAAUUGUGUUGCCCUACGAUUCGCGUUACUUGAAUUGAAAUUGACCCUGGUACAUACGUUGCUAGAGUAUCGUAUGGUUCGGUGCCCGGAAACAGACGUUCCCCUUCGGUCCGUUCGGGACAACCACUCCUCGGGCUGUCAGAAUAAUCUGUCGGCCGAGGCAUGGCUUAAAGAAAACACGAGGUCAAUUAAUAUUGUAGAGGCGGUUAAUAUGCCUGACGAGGACUCCGAUCAACUUCGCUCUCAAUAUGUGCGCUCUAUUCCGGACGCAAUAUUAGCGGACGGCCUACUACUCCAGGGUCGGGUCAACCCAUCGCGAUAUUUGUCAAAAAUGGCCACUUUUGAAGUCCGGGCCAACGAUAUAUGGCUGGUGUCUUACCCCAAGUCAGGCACGACGUGGACUAAACAGAUACUGUCGCUCAUAGACCGUAACGGAAACGCGGAGUCCGUAAGUGAUGUACCCGUAAUAGAGCGCAUCAAACACAUCGAGGUUUACGACAAUAUCGAGCGGUUAGCGUCGCAAUCGAGUGACCGUAUGAUUGGCACGCAUUUGCCGGCCACUCAUAUACCGACCGAAUUGAAGCAAUUGAAAUGCAAAAUCAUAUAUGUAGUGCGUAACCCGAAGGACACUGCUGUGUCAUAUUACUAUUAUCACCGAAUUAGCAAAUUUCUGGGCAAUUAUAACGGGUCGUGGGACACAUUUUGCGAGUUAUUUGUGCAUGGUCACCUAUUCUAUGGCGAUUGGCUCGAGCACGUGUAUGGCUAUUGGAAACUACAUCAACUAAAUCCUGAUAACGUGCUGUUUGUAUCGUACGAAGAA